AUGAAUGGAGCAUUGGGGAUUUGCCUCCAAGGCGCCCAUCCAGAUCUGAUCGAAGAAACAAGAUAUGACACCAAUCUCGCAAAGAAGAUACACGAUGUUAACGUGAAAGUGGAGACAUACAAGACACGCUUGGACUCACAUCCAGAGUUCCAUCCCAAUCAUACCAGAGAAUGUUCUGUUAAUGUAUCGAGUUCCUAUAGUCACCGAAAGGACGAAAGCCAGAUUGACAAUUUUAUACAAGGAGAAGAACUUGCCACCGAAAUUUCUCCACAAUGUGGUGGAUGUCGCUGUAAUAAGUGCCCUACUGUCGGACACACUUACUCUUUCAAGGAAGAACAGGAAUUAAAACUGAUUCAAGAAAACCUCGAGUACGACGAAGUUAACCAAUGCUGGAUAACCAGUUAUCCCUGGCUCGUAGAUCCACAAAGUUUACCCGACAAUUAUCACACAGCACUUGCUACGUUAGAAAGAACUGAAAGAACGCUUAAGAAAGAUGACCAAUGGGCUAAGACGUACAAGAGCCAAAUGGACGAUAUGGUCGAUCGUUGUGUAGCAAGAAAACUAGCAUCCGAAGAAGUAAAGAGCUGGACUGGCCCGGUGUUCUAUAUCUCCCAUUUAGCAGUUGUAAACCCGCAUUCCAAUUCUACGCCCGUGAGAAUUGUGUUCAACUCCAGCCAAACGCACAAAGGUGUUUCAUUAAAUGCUUGUCUCGCAAAAGGUCCAGACAGCUACAUGAACAACUUGGUUGGUAUUCUUCUACGUUGGAGAGAAGAAAGAGUAGCGCUAAUCGGAGAUAUUCGAAAGAUGUUCAACUCGGUUUAUUUGAAGGCCUUGGAACAGCAUUGCCACCGUUUCCUAUGGCGAGAUUUACAGCAGCAUCGCCCACCGGACAUUUACGUUAUACAACGAGUCAAUAUGGGCGAUACACCAGCCCCCGCCAUCAGCACAGAAGCUGUCUACAAGACCGCGGAGUUGUAUCGAGAGGAUAGUCCACAAGCCGCAAAUCUCCUAAAACAUUCCAGUUACGUGGAUGAUUUGAUUGACUCACGUCCAAGUAAACCCGACGCGUUAAAGAUUGCCAAGGAAGCCGAGGAUAUUCUUGCCAAAGGAGGAUUUGCUGUAAAGUGCUGGCAAUUUAGUGGCGAAACACAACCUCGCGUAAAAGAAGAGUUGUUAAAAUUGGACCUGCCAGAAAAGAGUGUUGAAAGCUCAGACCAAGGACUAAUAAUGUUAAAAGGAACUGACGAAAACUUACGAGUGCUCGGUCUGGGAUGGAAUCCGAAGCAAGACACCAUCACCUAUGAAGUAACUUUGAAUUUCAGUAGCAAGAGACGCGGAGUUCGAACCGGUCCAAACCUGCUAGAAAGCGACCUACCAAGUGCAUUACCGAAUGUGUUAACCAGACGAAUCGUUCUUGAGCAAGUAAUGAAGAUUUAUGACCCACUCGGACUAAUUUCUCCAUUUACAUUGAUGGCCAAGAUAUACUUACGCGAAACCUGGUCCCGCAAGCUCGGAUGGGAUGACCCACUUCCAGCAGAACUUUGCAAGCUACGAGAAGCAAAGUUCCUCGAGCAGCAAAUGGGACAAUUACCGGAAGCAAGAUUGAAACCAUCUCCAGCUUUCAACCACGUUAUGAUAGACCUUUUCGGACCCUACUCGGUUCGUGGAGAAGUACAGAAAAGAACAAGUGGUAAAGCGUACGGAGUAAUCUUCACAGAUCUAGUUAUGAGAGCAGUCCACAUUGAAGCUGUGUUCGGGUACGAUACCGAAUCAUUCCUAAUGGCCCUCAGCAGAUUCGUCAGCGUUCGUGGUUGGCCCGAAAUCAUAUAUAGUGAUCCCGGAUCACAACUAAUUGGUGCGGAAAGAGAACUCACGGAAACCUGGAAGAGCAUUGACCGACAAUCCCUACAUAAAAGUGGCACAGAGAAUGGAUUGACCUGGAUCUUCGGCCCCGCUGAUAGUCCUUGGUACCAAGGAGCUGUAGAAUCCCUGGUGAAGAGUGCCAAGAGAGCUAUUCAUUUCGCAAUCAAUAACCAACGUCUUUCAGUCCAAGAGUUCAUGACGGUGUGUAGCGAAGCCACGAACCUCCUCAAUGAAAGACCUAUCGGAACCCUCCCGAGCGCUGAUUCCGAAUUAAACAUCCUUACUCCCAACAGCUUGUUACUGGGCAGAGCAACCGCGAAGAAUCCUGGUGGAUGGCAGCCUAACGGUAAUAAUCCAGGAAAGCGUUAUCAUGUUGUCCAGAUCGUGACAGACGAGUUCUGGAAGAAAUGGACGGAGUUAUACGCCCCAACCUUGGUUAUUCGUCGCAAGUGGAAUACAGCCAACCGUAACCUGCGCCCAGGAGAUGUUGUAAUCAUCGCCGACCGUAAUACCUUGCGAGGAGAUUACCGUUUAGGUAUAGUACAAGAAGUGUUUCCCAGUCAAGACGGAAAAGUUCGUCGAGUAAAUGUGAUGUACAAGAAUUUUCAAAUUGGAGAAAAGGUACAAAAAUACAAAGGACAUAACGAGGCUGUCAUUGUGUCACGAAGUGCUCAGCGAUUAUCGUUAUUAGUACCAGUGGAUAUGGAUCAAGACCAGGAAACCAAGUCGGAAGCAAAAGAGAGUGUAUGA